AUGAACUUUAUAACAAGAAAACUUGAAGAAAAAUUGGGUGUCGAUUUGAAUGGUGAUGGCCGAAUUGGUGGUCCCGGUAUUGUGGGAAGAAUAGAGCAAGCCACCCAUGUAGAUUUGAACCGUGAUGGAAUUAUUGGUGGCUAUCGUCCACCACAUGGCGGAGUUGGUAAACUCGAGAGGAUGACACAUAUUGACUUGAAUCGUGACGGACGAAUUGGUGGCGGACCCGCAUAUUACCAGCCAGGGCCAGGUUAUUAUCCUCCUCCUCCAAAUUGUUAUCACAGACACUAUUAA